AUGAUGCAAACUGCCCUCCAUCAUCAACCCGUGGCUACCACCCUCAGAGCCGAUUCGCCUCUUACCGCCUCGCCGACAACGCUCAAGGGAACUCCCGCCUCCAGUACUCUUCCUUUCCCUCAGGCUGUUCCGCAGGAGCCUUCUCACGCUGUCGUUACGGUAUACGGACCGGGCCAAGAAUCGAUCGUUCAGGUGGUGGCAGAUAUACUAGGGAAACCAUGGACGACAGAGACGUCACUCGCGACAUUAGGACGGGGCAGCAGCGCUGUUGUAGUAGGGAUCCGGGCGAGCGACCUCCCGCGGAGUCUUGAGGGAUGCGACAAAUCAGCCUUUAUCCUUGUCAACCUGCAUUGCGUGGACGACGGGUCAUUCCCCGAGGAAGAAUUAACAGAGAUAUGUGACUACGAAUUCCUAUUCUCGCUACGAAGUCCGUUUUUCCGGCGCGAUCUCACGCGGUUCCUCUCCUUGAUUCUAGGCCAGACAAGGCCGCAUGAGGACUUGAAGACGAAAACCCGCACCAAUUUCAUCUCGACGACUUUCCCUGAUGUGCAUGCCGCGCUGCCGAAUCUGGAUAUUCUGUCGGUGGGCUCGGAUGCCGUUGAGCUCCGCGUGGAUCUGUUGUUGGACCCGGUGCCGCAGGACCCUGAGAGCCCGGUCCCCAGUUUGCGGUAUGUAGGGCAGCAGUUGAUGCUGCUGCGGCAGCAUACGGAGUUGCCGAUUAUCUUUACCACGAGGUGCACAAAGGAGAAUGGGAAGUUUCCUAAGGACGACCCGGCCUUGUUUUACCGGUAUUUGAGGCGAGCUAUUCAGUGGGGGGUGGAGUAUAUUGACGUGGAACUGUGGCUGCCAGAGGAUAUUCGGCGCAAGCUGGCAGAGGUGAAGGGGAACAGCGUGAUUAUGUCUGCGUUCCAUGAUUUCUCGGGAGCCUGGAAGUGGACGUCUCCAGAGGCGCCGCGGAUUUUUGCAGAGAGCGCCAAGUAUGCGGAUAUUGUCAAGAUGAUUGCGAUGGUGGAUAGUGUGGAGGCCAACUACGAACUGGAGUACUUCCGGUCAACGGUGAAGCAGACACAUGGGAUGUAUCCACUACUGUCGGCUGUCAAUAUGGGACAGCUCGGACAACUUUCGCGAGCGCUGAAUACGGUGUUCUCACCUAUAACACAUCCACUACUACCGAUGAUUGCAGCUCCUGGCCAGCUGACAGCCGCGGAAAUCAACGAGGCCUUACAUAUUAUGGGGCAGCUGCCGAAGCGGGACAUAUACGCGAUCGGCUCGUUCCGAGCGACGCCGCAGUCGAUGUUUAUGGAGAAGUGCUUUAACGAGCUUAGUCUCCCGCACACGCUGACCUCCAUCGACCGUGGACCAGCGGGAUCGAUUGAGCGGGUAAUUACACAGCCAAGUUUUGGCGGCGCGGCACUCCACCCGCCCCUCAGCAGCAGCAGCAGCUCGCGGCUCCCGGCCAUCAGCGACGCUGCGCGAGCCAUCGGCCUCGUCGACACAAUCGUGGUGACUAGCCCAGGGACCCUGGUUGGCGAGAACGCCACGUGGAAGGGCAUCCGCGCGACGCUGACUCGCGACUACGUCCCCUCGGCAUACCGCGGGCGUGCUGCCAUCAUCCUGUCCGGCACAGAGAGCGAAGCAUCGGCGAGUAUCUUCGCACUACGCAGUCUCGGCGUGGGCGCAAUCUACACGGUCGGGUUCCGGGCAACAGGGCCCCUAGCGGACGGCCUGGAACCCUUUACAUCUAUCCAGUCGGUCAAGCUAGUCGAGCAGCCGUUUGUGAUUGUAUCGGCGCUGCCGCCAGAGAAGUCGCUCCUGGUGCAACCGCUGCUGCGGCACUACCGCAGUACUGGGCGGGCGUCGCCGCCGUCGACCCGGGGGAAAGUGUACCUGGACCUGACGCGGGGCGAGCGCAAUGGGGACCCGGUGGGGGUUGCAGAGAUGUCGGGGUGGACAGCAUACAGGAUUGAGGACGUGAAUGCGUGGACGACGGUGGAAUCGCUGCGGCUGCUGGUCGGGCAGAACGUGCCGUUUGAUUUUGUGCGGAUGGCGUCGGGAUCCAUCGACCGCUUGACGCCUCGCCGGGCCACGGCCGAGCCCCGUGAGUCCAUGAACUGCAAGUCGUGUCGAAAGCGAAAGGUAUUUCCUGGAUUUGCAGACGCUGUUCCUAAAAAGCGAGGCCCGAAAACAGAUGUGCUCGAGGCGCUGCUGAAACGGGUCGACGGGCUCGAGAAGCGCCUGCAGGAUGACACCCGUCCGCUCUCGCCCUCGUCGCCUGUGAAGCCCGAUCUGCCGCAGCUUGCACAUCCCCAUCCCCAUCAUCCCCAUUCGAAUGCUCAUCCGCAGUCGCAAUCGCAAUCGCAACCCCCAGCGGCGGCGUUUCCUUUUGCACCGCCGCCGCCGGCGGUUUCUUCGUAUGCGCACCCCCAGCCCGGUCGCAUGCCGGAUGCGAUGCUGGAUGCGUACUUUGCACGACUGCAUGGGAAGCCAUUUUUUAUUCUAGAUGAGGCGUCUACUCGCCAGCGCCACCAGAAUGGCCAGUUGCCGGUGUAUUUAUCCAUGGCUAUUUAUGCUUUGACGCUACGGUACACGACGGUGAACGCCCCGCCGGGGAGUUUAGAGUACGCCCGCCAGGCCCGGCGGAUGGUUGACACCGACCAGCCCUCGAUUGAGAAUCUCCAGACGCUGCUGCUGCUGUCGCAGACGUUCUAUGCGUACGGGUGUGGGAAGAAGGCCUACAUGACUCUAGGAAAUGCGGUAUCGAUGGUGCUUGCUCUGGAUCUUUAUCGAGAACUGCCGCCCUCCCAUCCAGCGCUCCCGCAGGAACGCGAGAUGCGCCGCCGCCUCUUCUGGUCUGUCUACGUGAUGGAUCGGUUCCUGGCCUGCGGGUCGAAGCGUCCGUGUCUGAUCGCCGAUCACUCGAUCGUUGUACGCCUGCCGGCGUCUCACUCUUCGGGCGCUGACCCUGGGGAUUUGUUUAACCCGGUCGGCCCUAAUAUCCCGUACUCGUCGGACCGCCGCAAAACGGCGGGCUCUUGUUCCGCGCUUCUUGUUGAUAUAUCGCGGAUCCUCGGCGUCACACACCGCUAUCUCGCCGCGGGAGGCGUCAAGGGCGACUCGCACUUCCCAUGGCACGCCCUCUCCAACCUCUCCAAGAUCCGGCAGGAACUUGACCUUUGGGCCGCCGGUACACAUGACCUCUUCGCGUCCAUAGAAGCCCUCUUCGGCCAUCCAGAAAGCACCCUCCUCCUCCUCUCCAAGCUCAUCUACCAUCUCGUCCACUGCCUGCUCUACCGCCCAUUCCUCCCCAUAGACCUCGCCGAGCUCCGCGGCUCAGGCCAGCACCAGAGCUGGCAAAUCGAAGCGACAACCCUGUGCUUCUCGCACGCCAAUGCCAUCGCCGAGCUCGUCGAGCUCGCCCGCCAUGCACCGCGCAUCGAGUGGCCAGACCUCGUGGCUUACUGUCUUACCGUCGCAGGCACAGUACACAUCCACGGCGUGCAUUACCACGGGCGCCGCGACGGCGAGGUCUUUGCAUCCAGUCCGGACUUUUUGACGAGAGAAAUGCACCAGCUCGCAUGGCUGCGGCAGUCGUGGACCGGUGUACAACAUCAUCGUGACCUCCUCACUACACUGUCCGCCUGCCAUGCGGACCUUGUUCGUACCCUUGCAGCACGACCAGUUAGGUUCGCGCCGGUCUUUCAUCUCGAGGACUUCCUUGAUCGGUAUCCCGGUAUUGUUGUCGAUGGGAGCCAUGUACGGCUGGUUGAUGAUGAGCAAAUCGACCUCGACCCCCAACUUCUCUACGCACCGACACUCCCCUCCCAACCAAACGGCAUCACGCACAACUCUCAUCCUCACUCUCACGCACGCCACCCAUCUACCUCCCCAACCUCGCUCCCCUUCUCUCCAUCUUCAACAUGGCCCGAUAUCCCCACAGACCCUGAACUACUCAACCAACCCGCAGGGGCAGGAGCCGCAGGCCCAUCGAAUCUAUUCUCACCGUCCCUCUCCACAGCAACACACAUCCACCUCGGCCAAACACCAUCCCAGCUGCAGUCUCAACCGCAACCGCAGCCGCAGUCCCAAAUCCAAUACGCAACAUUCCCGUUCGAAUCAACCCCCGUCCCCGUCGAGUCCCCAGAGUCGCAGCCCUCGUCCGGCACUGGUGCUGGCGCCGUCGCCGGGAGUACGGGCGCGGCAGCCAACGAGGAAAAAGACCCGUUCCUGAGUUUGCUUGAGCAGAUUGCUGAGAAUGAGCAUAGCCAGGGCGGGCCGAGUGAGUUGGAUUUCUUUCUGGAGGGAAAGCAAAAACCAACAGCAUCCCAAAUCCCCCGAAACACCCUCCUCCUCACAACCCUCAAAGAAAGCAGAUCCCUCCCGCGCUCAAUAGACACAGACCCAACAACACCAACCCCCGACCUCCCCUCCCCAUCGCAAGAUAAACUCCUCCAGCUCAUCCGGGCCCUCGAUUCGAGCGCCCGCGCCCAAGAUCGCGAUUCCGGGAUCGCACUCGAUGAUCUGAUUAGUAUAUCCGGGUAUGGCUCAGAAGCCGAGGAACAGUAUAAUGCGCUGCAUGGAUUCACGAAUGAAGCGGUGCGAGACUUUGCGGCCUAUUCUUUGCAUGCCAGCUCUAUUCCCUCAUCAGCCUCUGCGCGUACAGAAAGGAAUAGCAAUGGUCGCAAUAAACGAUCCAUCCGCUCAUCGCUAUUCCGCGCGCGGAGCGAGUCGAGAUAUCUAGAUUCCGACGUCAACGCCGAUGCUGAUGCUGAGGUUGAUACCUUCGCCGAUGAGCACGCGGAUCCCAGCGCCGCCGACGUACCAAUAUCCUCAGGGUCGGAUCUAGGCCACCGGCGCCGCAGAAGCAGCGGGGUAGAGAAGCACCUGUACAACCUAAUCUCGUUCCUGGUGUUUCUGACGAAAGAGAAACUCCUCUUGUAUCCGAAUGUCGGGGAGCGCGUGGCUGUUGAGAUGGUUUCUGAGACGCUGUAUCAUCCGCCGUCGCAUUCGCAUUCGCAUUCGCAUUCGCACUCGCACUCGCACUCGCAUUCCCAUUCAUACUCCAACUCGCAGUCGCAGUCCCAGCCGCAACCGCAGUCCUGGAAUCGUACUCGAAAUCGAUCGCAUAGUGUUCCACAAAGCGCAGGUUUCGAUUCAAAGGAAAACGUCAAGGGGAAAGGAAGAGAGGAGACUGUGGCUGUCGCCGGGAGCCAUGAGCCGUGGUUCGGGUUUGUUUCGGCGUCUGGGCCCGGGAAUGAAGUGUGCGUUACGGCUGUUGCGCUGUGGUUGAUUAUCAUGGGGGAGGAGCUGUAUCAGCGGGCGCGGAUGGAGAGGAGGGAGAGGAGGGCGAGGCUUAAGACUACGUCUAAAGAGGGAGAAGAAGAUGUGUGGACGCGGCUGAGUGAGGUUGUUGGGCGCGAGUGGCAGACGUGGACGGGCAGGUUGCAGUUUCUAUCACUGCGCGAGGAUCUGGAUAUCUCGGCGCGCGAGCAUGCAGCGGAGGCGGCAGCUGUUAUGAGGAGGGUUUAUAAUUAUGACUAG